UGUGGCGCCUCAUCUGCUUUCUGUAUUUUGGGAUUCUGUGGUGAACACGACACACAAAAUAGUGUGUACGAAAGUACUGUACCACCAUUGCACUGCAUGCUUCGCACAGUUCUCAUCGCCGUAGUUCGCCCAUUCAUUCGAGUAGCGCAACGGCAUUCAAUACACUACUGGCACCGAAUCAUGGAUGUUUAAAUUGGAAUUUGCCGUGUAAACUCCUCCAAAUUGUGCUUAUUCGCGAGAAGAAACAUGGCUACCUAUAUCAUCUUUAUAAAAUUGCUGUUGUUAUUGUUUGUGCUCCAUUUACCUUGCCCACUUACCGCCAUACAACCAGAUAAUUCAGAAACUGAAAUUAUUGACGAUCUGUCAUUCAAGCAAUGCCUCAAGCCAUGUGUUUAUAAUCUAAGACGUUUCCCGACCUGUUUGGACGGAUCUCAAGGGUGUGGGACGUGCAUUGUACCUUUUUACGAGGAAAUCGAUGGCCGAUGUCAACGCACAACCAUUGGUGAAAAUGAAGCUUUGGAAUAUCUCAACAACCUUGAAACCUUCAUUGGAGAAAAUGAAGAUAAUGAAAUUGCCAUCGAAAAAGCUUUAAAAUAUCUAGAACGUCUAGAAACUAUCGGCUAAAUCUUAUCCUCAUCUUUGCAUCAUAGUGGUUUUGUCUCUGUCCUGAUAAACCCUCAUCUCUGGAGUAGUUCACACUUUCAGAAACUUUUAGCAUGGUUCAAAUAUAAAUUUUCAUACAUACAAACUAAAAAUCUCCAUAAAUCUACCAGAAGGGUUUGUUUUAAUCACACUUUGUUUAUUCAUAUUUUGAGCUACUUAAUCAUUUUUUUCCAAGAGAUCACAUCUUAAAUUUUCAGUGAAAAGCCUUUUUUCAUUGAGAUGCUAUACAUUAUCAGAAUAAUGCAGUAGCAAUGUCAAUUAUUCAAUAAGGGAGCUUUAAAUUAAAUUGAAUGUAUAUUUUUGUUUGAUAAAGAGAGAAGUAUAUGUACACAUGAAUUUGCAAAGAAAGAUAGUGCCUCCCUAUACAGAAGUAUCUCCAUCUGAUCCCAUAUUUGAAGUAAACUUCAAAGUAAUAUCAAUCUCUAGCUCUUUAGUAUUGUAUAUGAUAUUUGAAAUAUGUAAUGACAUUCAUUUUUGCAGUACAUAGUUAUAGUAAUCCAGCAGCUUGUAGAAAGUUUAUUUCUCAAUCUUGAAACUCGAUUGCCUGACCGGUGCCCAUCUACAAUGUCAUUCCAUUUUCUUUGUGGUGUGGUAUUUUGGGGGGUUGGUUAACCGCGACCAGGCUGAAUGGACCGUGAGCAUGAUGAAUGCUUUCUCUGCGUCGUCUCGUGGGUGGAGGAUGAUUGCCUGGUCGGGAGAUGCGGUGCGUAGGGGUCUACUUGACUGUUUCUAGGAUGACACAUUCAUGAUACAUGUGCACGGAUAUUGGUGACGGUGAGGCCCUGUGGUGUAGUCUGUAAUUUUAGACUAAUUUUACAUUUUGUAGUACAUGUCCUCAAGAGGUCUUGAACAAAGACUAACUCAGCCAUUCUCUAUAAUUUGUGUCAGAUGAGGUGGACAUCUUUAUCAUCUAGGGCGUAUGCCACGUAAAAACACUAUGGCAUCCACAAACAAUUGAUUUUAAAACUAUUAUACCCUUUACAAUAUAUUGGUCUGUGUCUCUUACCUAGCUGUGGCUCUUCAUGUUACAGCUCAGCAUGAGUAUGUUCACAGACAUGUUUAAUAAUCCACAAGGUUUCAGAAAUGACAUUAUCGAUGGUGGAUCGUGUUCAUUAAUAGAUUUUUUGCCCAUAUCCCAUAACCAGGAUUUCAUACCUUCUCAGUGUGUCAAGCAAAGGGCCAAAGAACCUGCAAUACUAUAGGAUACAAUGACUCUAUCUACUCAUUAGAAACAUUAGAUACAAAAAAAAAUCUACAUUCAUUUCUACCAGUAAUGAUUUGUACCAUUUUCCUUUGCUCAAUGUGUUAUAAAAAAACAGAAGUGCCGUGCUGGGGAUCAAACCACAGGCUCUCGAUUUUUCAUAGGGCCUUAAAGUUCAUCUAUGUGGGAAUCUUCCACAGAUUUCUGUUUGGUCAUUGCCAGGCAUAAUAGCAUACACAAUUCUAAUUAUGAUAUGGUAUAAUGUGUA